AUGGUGCCAUUGCAGGUGCGCUUGGCAAUAGCUGAAAAAGCCCUGAAGUGCGAAGAGCACGAUGUAAACCUGCCGCUGAGCGAGCACAACGAACCGUGGUUCAUGCGCUUAAAUGCCUCUGGAGAAGUACCUGUCCUGAUCCAUGGGGAAAACAUCAUCUGUGAGGCAACGCAAAUUAUCGAUUACCUCGAAGCAACGUUUGUAGACGAGGAGGUACCAAGAUUAAUGCCAGAAGAAGGGAGCAUGUAUUAUCCAAGGGUGCAACACUAUAGAGAGCUUUUAGACUCCUUACCUAUGGAUGCCUACACCCAUGGCUGUAUCCUGCACCCCGAGUUGACAGUGGACUCCAUGAUUCCAGCCUAUGCUACCAGCAGAAUUCGUA